CGUCCGUAGAGGAUAAAGUCUCUACACUAUGUAAAAGGUACCGGAGAAGAAAAAAAAAGAGAAUUUGGGAUUGGAGAUAAGGAGAAGAAGAGGGAACUUGAAUGGCUUCCUUAUCCACUUCCGUUGUUGCUUCGGCUUCGUCGCGUUUAUGGAAUCCUGCUGCUUCCAACGGCAAGAUUUGCGUUCCUUCUGCUUCGCUUUCUCUGCGUACGGGUUCUAGACAAUCUCCGUCGUCUUCUCUCCUCACCUCUUCCGCUUCUUCGCAAUUGCUUCAUUGCUCGUUUCUCUCGUCGCCUCUUUCCCUAGCGUCUCCAUUUUCUGGUUUGUCCAUUGCGUUUGAUCUCAGCAGUCAAACUAGUGGACUGAACAGCCAGAGACACAGAGGCCUUGUGGUGAGAGCUGGAAAAGCUGCUCUGUGUCAAACAAAGAGAAGCAGAUCAAGAAAAUCUCUAGCUAGGACUCAUGGUUUCCGUAGAAGGAUGAGGACCACUAGUGGUAGAGCAACCAUAAAGCGCCGACGUGCCAAGGGACGUUGGAACCUCUGUCCCAAGUCCAACCCUAGCAGCGGCAAACGGGCUUGAAGUUUGUUUCUCUCUUCAACCUAUCUGUAAUCUUGUUUGAUAUGCUUAUUUUUAUUCCGCCAGAAGAUACAGUGAGAAACAUGGUUCGUUGAGCUCUUUUCUGUGUUUAACUCUUUUGCAUCCUUGAUUCGUUUAUAAAUCAAUGUUCUUGGAAUCCA